UUCUGGCAGCACCUCAAUAAAAUGUUAGGGGUGAAACUCAGUAUGUCGAGCGCUUACCACCCAGAGAGUGACGGGUCAACGGAACGCGCAAACCGUACGAUAACCCAGAUGAUCCGGGCAUGCGUGAGGCCGGACCAGAAGGACUGGGUGUCGAAGCUGCCAGGGAUCGAAUUCGCCAUCAAUUCGGCUAGGUCGGAAAGCACUGGUUACGCACCAUUCUUUCUGGAUACAGGACGGAUGCCUCGAUCCUUGAUUUGGGAUCAACCCGCCGAGUUGGAAUAUCCCGGGGUGCGCGUGUUCGCUCAACGGAUGCGCGCCGCGAUCAUGGCAGCGCAUGACGCUAUCCUGGAGGCCCGCGUGAAGCAGACGCGUGCCGCUAACCGACUACGCCGGCCGGCUCCGUUCGUCGUCGGGGACAUGGUC